CAUGAACUUUACUACAAAACAUACUUAUCUAUAUAAUUUAUUCCCUACAGCAAUAUGGACGCUUUUGAAUACAAUGCUUCUCCGGCACGAGUCCUCUUUGGCUCAGGCACGCUAUCCAAACUCCCGGCCGAAGUAGCCCGCCUAAACGUAUCUGCCCCUCUACUUCUCUCAACUCCCCAACAAGCAGAGCAAACUUCGACAUUAAAAGACCUCCUCGAUGGAAAAAUUGCAGGAAUAUUCACGGAAGCAACAAUGCAUACUCCCUACGCCAUUACCGAAAAAGCACUCGCCUACGCCCAAUCCACGAACACAGAUUCAGUCAUCUCAAUCGGCGGCGGCUCCACAAUUGGUUUGGGGAAGGCCAUCGCAAUAAGGACGGGCCUUCCGCAUAUCUGCAUACCGACUACAUAUGCGGGGAGCGAGAUGACGCCGAUUCUAGGAGAGACGGUUGAUGGGCGCAAGACCACGAGGAGUGAUCCCAAGAUCUUGCCCACCACGGUUAUCUACGACGUUGAUCUUACAAUGACAUUGCCUGCAAAAAUGAGUGCGACUAGUGGUGUUAAUGCAAUCGCACACUCUGUCGAAGCGCUCUAUGCUCAAAAUCAAAACCCGAUCAUGUCAAUUCUAGCACUCGAAGGCAUCAAAGCCCUUGCCUCCUCACUCCCUACAAUCAUCCAAUCCCCGUCCGACAUUCCAGCCCGCGAACAAGCACUCUACGGUGCCUGGCUCUCAGGAGUCUGUCUAGGCUCCGUCGGCAUGUCUCUCCACCACAAGCUCUGCCACACGCUAGGGGGAUCCUUCAACAUGCCGCAUGCAGAAACGCACACCAUCAUCUUACCUCACGCACUGGCCUACAAUGCUCCGAAUAUUCCUGAAACGAUGAAGAAACUGGCUGAGGUGCUACCUGGUAGUGAAGGUGAUGCGGUGAAGGGGAUGAAUUUAUUAUUGGAGAAGUUGCAGGUCAAGAGAGCAUUGAGCGAUUUUGGACUGAAGGAGAAGGAUUUAGACAGGGCUGCUGAGAUUGCUCUCGAGAAGUCGUAUUGGAAUCCGAGACCGGUAGAAAAGGAGAAGGUGAGAGAGUUGUUCAGGCGAGCAUGGGCUGGAGAGGAAGCCAGAGCUGAUUUGUAAAUAUCUAUAUGUCUGAUAAUUCAUAUCGAGCCAAAAACAAAGUCUUCGAAAAGGAGUAUGACGA